CGCGACGAGCCUUCUGUCGUCAAAAAGCACCCUUAUCCUCUAUAGACAUGUCCUUGCCGAAACGAAUCAUCAAGGAGACAGAGCGUCUACAAAGCGAUCCAGCUCCAGGAAUCACAGCAGCUCCACAUGAAGAUAAUCUCCGUUACUUCGAUGUUACGAUCCAGGGACCAGAAGGGAGCCCGUUUGAAGGCGGUGUAUUCAAGUUAGAACUUUUCCUUCCAGAGGAAUAUCCAAUGGCCCCACCGAAGGUCCGCUUCCUAACGAAGAUUUACCAUCCUAACAUUGAUAAACUUGGCAGAAUCUGUCUGGACAUUCUGAAAGAUAAAUGGUCUCCUGCACUGCAGAUUCGAACUGUCUUACUUUCAAUACAAGCUUUGCUGAGUGCACCAAACCCGGACGACCCACUCGCAACCGAUGUUGCAAAACAUUACAAGGAGGAUCCCGCGGGUGCAAGAGCAAUGAGUCGACAGUUGACGGCGGAGUAUGCGAGUCAUUAGUAAUGGCUGUGGCAUUCACGCGUCUCUCCAUUCUUCUCCAGCUUAAUAUCCUGGCGGCUCUAGACAGGCUACUAAUUACUGUAAAGAUGGUCGUGUGGAGCGCAUGUUCGUGAGUGUGAUUUGGGGGCCCGGAGCCGAUUACAGCCGCCCAAGGUACGUAUUCGCGAGGUAUUCCCGGUGAUGAGAGUGCGGUGUAUUCGGAUUAUCGAUAGCCUCUAUUGUGAUGUUGAUUGUUAAUUGUACUAUGAACCGAUGCCAUAGACCUGUGAACAGCGAUUUCAGACCAAGUAGGGGAUGGCACAGGGUGAUGAACUAUACACCUGGUUAUUACUGGACCCGUCCACUAGUACUGGAUGCGGUGAAACGGUGCCCGCGCUGUGUACAUGGCAGGUGUGUCCCCGCCAGAUGCUAUAGAUGCACCAAUGGCAAUGGUUACC